AUGGAGGGUUUUAGGGAAGUCUUAGCUAAAAGAAACCUGAAUGACCUUGGGUGGAAAUGUGAGAAGUUCACAUGGAGCAAUAGGCAUGGUGAUGAGUCUUCAACUAAGGAAAGGCUAGAUAGGGCAGUUGCAAAUUCUGCUUGGAUUGAAGUUUUUAAUGAAGUAUGGGUGGAAAUACUUGCUGCAAGAACAUCAGAUCAUAAGCCUAUCUUGAUUCAUGUGCUUAAAGGGAAGAAAAGGAAUUGGGUUAAAAAUCAAGGCUUUAAGUAUGAAGCAAAUUGGGCUUUAGAGGAGGAUUGUGAAGAGGUGAUGAGACAUGUGUGGAACAAGGAUGAGGGCUAUGUGGUCCCUCUAGAAAAAGUGGUAACUUUCUUAGAUAGAAGCAAAAAGGCUCUACUGUUGUGGAGCAGACAAAGGAGAAGAGGGGGAGAAAGAGAGAUUGAGGAAAAAACAAGGGUUCUCCAAUAG